UUGGUUCUUUCCCACUUCAGCGUUGGCACAUUAGUUCGACCCAUUAGCUAUCGAUUUUGGUUAACGGAAGGCACACAUUGCUUGCGGUCCUCGUUACCCGAGAUAUGGUGCGAGCGGGUACUUUCUGGGUCUAUUUCAGGCGAUGACGGCGUUGCACGCUUGCGCAUCUCCUUGCGCUCCUCGGAAAUGACAGCCAGGCUCUCACUUCCACCAUCUUCUCCCCAACCAACUUACCUGCUUUCUCGCAACAUCGGUCAUUCGCGCAUGCAACCUGAUCAUUUCACUCAGCCGCUGGGCUCCUUAAUUCACGUAUCGUAUUUCUUCCUGACGAAGACGUCUCACACAAGUCAAGCUUAGGUGAUUUUCGCUCCUAGUUAUCGACUUCAGGAGCCGGCCUUUUCUUGACUCGCACUUGACCUAAGGAGGUAAAUCUCAACAUACCGACACGCCAUUCGUCUACCGUGACCUUACACUCCGUAACUCUAUGUAACCCUAAUUAGUCUAUCGGCUCCAAUCGUCCAUUCCCAUCUUCUACAAAGGCAACCCACGGCAGGUAGUUUCCACCUUCCCUGUAUUUCCGCUAUGCCGCGCCUAGAGGACGUUAAGAUACCUGCGAAGCUGCAAGCGCUGCUGGAAAAGGCCCCUCCGCCCGCGCCAGCCGCGCCGAUCGGCAGCGGGCUGCUAGGCAUCGGCGGCUUCAGCUUCGGCGGAAACGGCGGAGGUUCCGCAGCUGCCGCGGGAGCAGGAGGCGGAAUCGGAGGCGGAGUCACCCUUCCCCCGCGCCUCCCCGUGCACCAGCUGGGGGGAGCCAAGAACCGAAUCAACCUGCAGGUGCAUCAGGAUCAGCAGUCGUUCUCGCGUGCGACGUCGCAACCUUCGCCGAAGUCGUCGUCUGUGACAACUCCUGCGAGCCAGGAGAAGCAGCGGCUACCGGUAGGGCCGCCGUCCGUGCUUCAGCAGCAGCAUCUGCGGCCGCCUCCGGGCCUAGCAACGGCGGUGGUUGCGGGUGUGGGUAGAGACAGCAAGGACGGCAGGAGCGCCCCCCGCGACGACGAUAAUGACUCCGAAACCGGCAGCGUUAUCUUCUCCCCGGUUCCGCAACCCAUGCACUUGAAGAAAGCCUCCGGGCGGAAGAAGAAGGGCGCGGAUGUUGGCGCAGCUGCGGGUGUUGGGGCAGGAGGAGCGGGGACCGGGGGAGCGGGAGGAGCGGGGGGAGCGGGGGGAGCGGGUUCGGGAGCGGGCGGCGGUAGUAGGGAGGGUGGGUCGAACAACAGCACAGGUCCUUUCCAUGGUAGCAGCAGCAACCAAACUUCCCCCACUUUGUCGUCCCCUUCUAACGCGCUCUCUCCCCCCGGGCCUGGCGCCACCUCUCUCGCCUCCAGCGCCUCUUCCUCCGCCUCCACCUUCUCCUCCGCCUCCGCCUCCGCGCUCUCCUCCUCCGCCACCUCUGGCGGCGCUGACGCGGCGCCGUCGCACAGCCAAUCGGGGCGCGGCAGGCAGAACAGCGUGUCGGGCAAGGGGGAGGAGCAGGGGAAGGGGGGAGCGCCGCCCCAGUCCCCCAACCGCCAUCCUCCCCGGCCCUCUCCACCCAAGCAGCCGCUACAGCAGCAGCAGCCGCAACAGCAGCAGCAACAGCAGCAGCUGGAGCGAUUUCAAAGGGCUAAGUUGAGACAACAGCAGCAGCAGCAACAGCAGCAGCCGCAACAGCCGCAGGCUGGGUUACCUUGGCUCAGUCGUGCUGGAAGUGAUGGCGGUGGGGGUGGGGGCGAGUAUGAGGACGAGGAGGAGGAGGAGGAGGAGGGGGAUGAGGAUGGUGAGACGGUCGAGGUGGUGAGGCGGGCGUGCACACUGCCCAACUCAGCGCAGGAGAGUGGGGGGAUACUGCACGCACUCACCAUUGCGCUGCAGGCCGUGCAGGAGAGAGCAGGGCAGGAGAGAGCAGGGCAGGACGAGCAGCAGUACGAUCCGUCCAACCCCUGCUCCCCCUACACGCCCUUGCGCCCCGCCCCUCCUCUCCGGAGCUCUAGCACGGGCAGUGCGGCUGCGCGCGCCCACCUGGCCUCCUCGUCCUCCUCCUCGGCCACUGGGGGGCGGGGGGCUGGCAGCGGUGCAGCUGCUGCUGUAGGGAGAGCCGGCUCAUCGUUUCCUUUCUCCUCCUCCGGCAACUCAUACGGGGGGGGAGCAGGAGGAGCAGGAGGAGCAUCAGGGGGACUAGGGACACCAGGGGCAGGGGCGGGUGGCAGUGGCAAGUACAGCCGUGUGAAAAAAUUCAGUGCAGGGGGCACAGGAGGAGCAGGCACAAUGGGCAGCGGCGGAUCAGCAGGUUCAGUGGUGGGAGCAGCGGGGUGGGAGAGCAGUGACGGCGGUGUGGGAUGGAAUGACGGGUCCCCGUUAGGGGAGGUGCCUAUGCGGCGCACGAUGAGCAGCCCACUGAAGAGGGAGUCGUCCAUGUCGUCGUGCGAUGCCGCCAGUGUGGUGGGGAGCGUGUGUGGCAGCGUGGUGAGCAGCAGCGGCGGCAGGAGCAGGAGUGGAAAGGGCAAGGACGAGAAGCUCGCAGGGCUGCCCAUGCUGCCGCCUCCGCACGUCACCCAGAUCGUCAAGUGCACGUGGUGCGGGCAGAACCUGUCUCUACCAAAGAAGCUGCCGGUGCCCAAGAGCGGAGUGCAGAAGCUGCGGUGCGGCAAGUGCCUCAAGGUCUGCAAGUACCUGCCCUACCACCCGCCUGCUCCUGCCUCCCCCCCGCCAUCCGACCCCGCCCUGCCCUCCCUCCCCACCUCCUCCCCUCUCUCCAUCGCCAACUCCUCCCCCUCCAUCCCCCCUUCCUCUGCCUCUUGCACUCUCGCGUCGGGUCCAGGGGCAGGGAUGGGCGGUGGGGUGGGCAGGCAGGGGGGCGCGUAUGGAGCAGGGGAUUGGGAGGAUGAGGAUGGGGAGGCGGAUUUCGGUUUUGAGGACCCGUGCCCUCCUGGGAACGCAGGGAUGGCGUACGGCCAGCAGCACGGACAGUGGCAACAGCAGCAGCAGCAGCAGCAGCAGCAGCAGGUGGGAGGGGCAGGCAGAGGUGGCCGCAAGGGAAGCACAAACUUUCAGAGGGUUCAAAGCGCAGGGGGGAGGGUGCAGGAGGUGGGAGGAGCGGCGGGGAUGGCUGCAAAUAUGGGUGAGCGGCAGUUUGUGCGCGCAGGCAGCAGUGCCGCCAGCUACCAAGGGAACUUUCACCCUGCCUCGGGUAGUACUGGGGGGGGUGUAUAUGGCGAGGAGUAUGAGGAGGAAUACGAGGAAGGGAUUCAAGAUGAGUAUGGAGGGGGGUAUGGCGGGAUGGAGGGGCAAGCUGCGGAGGAGGAGGAGGGCGAGGAAGCAGACCUGUAUGGGGACAUGUAUGGCGAUCUGGAGACCGAGUUAGAAGCAGCAGCAAUGGCGGAUGCAGCUGGUGGUGCGGCAAGCCUGUCCCCGUCUCCCUGUGCCACUGCCAGAGCCGUGCAGGGGAAACCUAGAGGAGCCGGGCGAGCAUCAGCGUGUGGUACUCCGUCUGCUGCUGCUGCUGCUGCCUCUGCAGCUGGUGCUGCUGGUGGUGGUAAUAUGAGGGGCAAGGGCCAGGGCGGUGAGGGCAAGCGCAUGGCUCGGUGCAUGACAAUGGUGGUGCCUUCUACUGCCGCCACCAUCCCUGCUGCUGCUACCGCCACCACUCCUGGUCCUGGGGGGGCCAGGCGCAAGGGCCCCAAGCACUCGCGCAGUGGAAGCGGCAGCAGCAGCAGCGGUGCGGGGAUAGUGGGGGGCAGUGGUCAUUUCAAGUACCAGGUGCACAACAGCCCCCCUGGGGGGAACAACAGUGGCAGCAGCAACAACGGGGAGAGCCCUCCCAGCGGCUUCUAUGGCCAGGGUGGUGCUGGUGGUGCAAGUGGUGGUGGUAUGACGAGGGCGCGCUCGUCGUUGGACUUGGAGGGCAGAGGCAGGGCCUUCCCGUCGUCUGCGUCGUCUGCUGUGUGCGCCGUGUCGCCCCCUCGCCCCACCAGCAGAGGCGCCUCCUCACUCAUCUCCAUGCCCGUCUCAGCCACCAUCGCAGCCAUAGGUCCUGGUUCUGGUUCUGGCGCCUCACUCGGUGGUGCUGCCGCUGGUGCGUUUCCCCUGUCGUUGUCUGUCCCUGCCGCCCCUGCGUCUGCAUCGCUGCUGGCGUCCACGCAUCCAGGCCAUGGCAGAGUGACCGCCAGGAGCAGCACCACAGCGGCACAUGCAGCAGCAGCAGCAGGAGGAGCGGGAGCAGCAGCAGGAGGGGCGUAUCAGCAGCACGAGCCCUGGGGCCAAGCCAGGCCGCCUCCCAACGGGGUUGUCACUGCUGCUGCUGCUGGCGCUGCAGGGAAGGGUGCCGCUGGUGGUGCUGCUGCUGUUGGUGGUGGCAGGGGUGGGAAGGGAGGAGCAGGGAGCAGCAGUCGGGGCAAUUCGAGCAGUGGGGUGCGGAACGGGCAGGGAGGGGCAGUGGGAGGGAGCAGGGGGGAGGAGGCGUACAGCCGGGGUGUGGUGGUGAAUGGGGUGGCCAUCUCCGAUGCGCACGUGCACGAGGCAGAGGCCAUGGCAGGCCCCAUACACCCAGGCUCCUACUGGUAUGAUGCUUACGCUGGCUUCUGGGGCAUCAUGGGGGGCCCAUGCCUUGGAGUCAUCCCGGCGAGCAUAUGGGCGGUGGCGCAAGCGCCCAUGCCACAGGACUGCUGUGGGGGCAGCACGGGCAUGGUGGUGAAUGGGCGCGAGCUGACCCCGCGGGACCUGUCGAUUCUCAAGGGGCGGGGGCUGCCCAUGGUGCCAGGCUUCUACUCGCUCACCAUCGAUGGCGAGCUGCACGACGAGUCCACCGGCCGCCACAUCAAGUCGCUCGGGAAACUCGCACCCUCAUUGGAGAGGCAACAACGAGGUGCGGGUAUGUACGUGCCGGGAUAGUUCGAUAAUAAGUCUGGCGGGGAAACUGUAAUUGCGCUGUGAUCUGGCAGAGAAUGUCUGCAUAAGCCAUGCUGUUACAUUGUCAAGUUAAAGCCAUAAGCAAUGCUAGAGCGCUAUUUUUUUCUUUUUUUGUA